CGGAUGCAAGCAAACCCGUGACCACGGAAACCGGUUCGAUAGAUAGAUUCUGUUCGACACUACCGUACGGUACAGUACAGUAGAUUAGAAACGAUCCCGGAAACGGAAUUCGUGUCACAAGAAGCAGGUAUUUUGUGCUGUGAUUUGUCGACACAAAACACAUCAUGCUUCGAGCAAUCCGCGAAACGCCGUAACGGUCGAUCUGAGAACAGCCAUGGCAAAGGCAAGGAAAAAGAAGAAAGCCGCGAACUUCCACCAAAGCAACGGCAACAACGCCAACCACAACCGCAGCAAUGGCCCGCCGGAAGCCACACCCCCGUCGGUUCCCCCUUGCCGCCAAACGAAGGACGCCGGCACUGGCACUGGGAAAAGCGGAAGCGGCGGAAACACACCCCGGUGCUCGCUCUGCGGUCGGAGCACGAGCGACCGGGGCUUCUUUUCCAAGCGCCAGCUCAAGCGGGCGGCGGCGGGGGAAGCCGGCGUCCGGUGCACCGGGUGCAUAGAAAAAGGCGGCAACGGUUGCGCUGGCAAAAGGGCCGGGCGGAUGGAAACCCGGCCGGAAACCCACCCUCCGGCCGCGCUCCAACCAGCGGCGGCCCCCACGACCCACGCAAGACCCGCAGCGGGGGGGACGGGAGACGAUCCCCCCGAGCGAGUCCCAGAGAAAUCGCGACCAAACGAAGAAACCAUUCUCCCACCAAACGAUGACGACAUUUCGGUGUCGUCGUCGUCGUCGUCGUCUUCCUCGAGCAGCAGCAGCAGCAGCUCGUCGUCUUCGUCGGCGUCGUCAUCCUCGUCGUCAAAAGCCACGUCUUUGCCACCUACUUUUUCUUCUAAUACCAAAUCCAUCUCUAUUCCGAGGCAAGUGGUUGAGACAAACGCAACCCGACCAGUAGCCUCUCCCGCCAACGGGCUAGGAGAUUCGCGAGGACAGCGUUCCGAUUCCUCUUCGUCGUCGUCUUCGAGCUCAUCCUCGUCGAGCUCAUCCAGCUCGUCGAGCUCAUCCAGCUCGUCGAGCUCAUCCUCGUCGAAAUCAUCCAGCUCGUCGAGCUCAUCCAGCUCGUCGUCAUCCAGCUCAUCCCCAAACGGGCCCAACACCACAAGCAGCGAUUCAAGGAAACACCCAACAAAACCGCCUUUGCACAUCGAGGUGCCUGCGAACACUGCGGAACGAAAACAACACCCGGGGAACAAUGCGGCGCCACCAAAUCCAGAAAUCGAGGAUGGGGCCGCACCGAUCGACGACCGCCCCGCCUCGAAUGCUCCUGCGGCUGCGGCUGCAACAACCGUUGCCACCCCAGAAAAUGCUUCCACGACAAACCAGCAAAGGAAAAAACGAUCGGCGAGAACCACCCUUUACGACGACGACGAUAGUGAUGUGUACGAGGAGGGCAAAAGCAGCGACGACCAACACCACCAAAAGAAAAGAAACAGGGGGAAAAACAUCGGCACCGAGCGCGAUUCCGGUGUCAGCCUGAACGCCAUGAAGCACUCGAUCUUGGGGAGGAAACUCGAAACCGGACUCGAGGGAUCCCUCGGAGACGAGCUCGACUACCUCGACCGCAACCCCGGCAGCGGCGCUGCCGCGGACGGCGAAACGCAAAAGGCUCUGCACGGCGACCUCUUGUGCCCGAUCUGCCACGAGGUCCUGCUGGAGCCCCUGUCCCUCUCCUGCGGGCACAGCUUUUGCAGGGACUGCCUCUCGUGGUGGGCAACCUCGUCGACGACGUCGUCGUCGUCCCGAGCCGGGUCCCAGCAUCCGACCCAGAACCCACACCCAAACGCACCCAAAUGCCCCACCUGCCGGACCCCGAUCACGAACCAGGGAGGGGUCUCGGCCCUCAGGGUCAACACCUGCCUGAGGGCCUGCACGUCGGCCCUCUUUGCAAGCGAGCUCGGGGCGCGGCUGGCCGUCCGGGCCAGGGCCGUGUCCGGGGAGCGCGGGGGGAGCCACUCCCGCGGCUACGAGGCCGUCGUUCCCCUCGCGGCGUCCCCGACCGAGGCCCUUUCGCCCGGGCCGGGCCACCGCAGGGACGCCAGCGAAAUCUCGGUCCGGCGGUCCGUCGUGGUGGAUGCCGACGACCGGCGCAUGCGGCUGGCCCUGGCGCUGUACGGGCCGAUCGAGGGGCUCGGCGAGACCGGGGAACAAGGUCCAAGCACCACCACCAACAACACUGCGAGAGGGGUGUCUCUCUCGCUCUGCCUCCUGCAGCUGGAGGAGGACGAGGCGGAGGAGGGGAUUCCCUGCUCGGUGCACCCCGGCACCGACGCGGAGGGAUUCGUCACCGAGGCGACCCGGUUCUCGUCCAUGGUCGAUCUCUCCCGGCCGGCCCCCGGCGACCCCUGCGGGAGCAGCGGGCCAUCGGUUCCCCUCGGCCGGCGGCAGCUCCGGCAAGACGGCACCGUGGCCUUUUCGUUUCCGGUGGCAGAACGCGGUGCCCCCACGGUGGUGGCCUUCUGCCACGAGGAGACGGGCCUCCGCCUCGUCCUGUCCCUCACCCGCGAGGCCAUCCGGAGGCUGCCGGGGGCGGCCGGUGCCUCUGCGGAGCGGGCCUCCACUCGCCUUCUCGGCACCGGUUCGGAUGGGGAAGGCGACGACGAGCGCAGCAAGGACGGAGACGACUCGUCGGCCGACAACGAGCUGGUGUACGGCGUCAGGGCGAGCGAUACGGGCGAGUACGAGGACGACGGCUUUGUCGUGCUGGACGGCGAUUCCGACAACGAUGCCGAAAACGAUUCCGACGGCGAUGCCGACGACUGCUGCCACGUGUGCAACGACGGGGGCGAGCUCCUGAUCUGCGACGGCGGCCCCCACGCCGAGGGGUGCGGCAGGGCCUUUCACCUGGCCUGCGCCGGGCUCGCGGUGGUCCCCGGGGGGGACUGGGUCUGCUCGGACUGCGCGAGGCGCCUGGGCCACGCCCCGGCCGGCCGGAGGGGCCACGAAUUCCCCGCUUGCCCGCCGGGUCCGGCUCCCGGGGCAGACCAAUCCGGGGCCCGGAGCCGAAGCGGUGGCGAGCCAACCGGAACCGACCGCCGGGCAGCAAGGAAGCAAAAGCGCAAACGGCCAGGGGCUCCCCCGAAGCCAACCCGGGAUCGUUCGAGAGACGGCGGCAGCAACAAUGACAGCGACAGCGACAGCGAGUUCGAGAUGGUCGGGGAAGACGACCGUGACCGCGGGGGAAAAGGUGGCCGAGCCUCCCCCGGUGGUGCCCGCCGCCUCCCCAAGCGGAGGAUGGUCCUCGCCGACAGCAGCAGCGACGAGGAAGAAAUGUGAUCCGCGGUGCCUACCUCUUCGAACCCACCCCAAGCGGACGGAGCUGCGCGGUGGUGCCAGAACGGUCGCCAUGGAAGGAGUUUUGCUAAACAAUAGUUACAGAAA